GUAUUCACAAAAAGAUAAUCUUCUGUGGCAGCAGAGAUCGAGAAAUCAAAGACAAUGCCUUCCACAAUCUCUCUGCCGACUGUCCAAGCAUUAUCGCUCAACAAUCGUGCGCGUCGAGCUCACGCUCCCUCUUGCAAUGCGGAGAUUCCUCAAUCUGCGUUCACCGGGAGGAGGCAAUUGCUGUUCAUACUAACAGCAGCACCAGCAUUGACGGUUAGAGAAACAGCGUCAAAAGCAGAGGAUAUUCCAUUAUUUGGAUUGAGAAAGAAGCUGAAGAAAGCAGAGGAAGAAGCGGAGGAGCUAGUGAGAGAAGGAUUUGAAACGGCCGAGAAAGGACUUGAAACGGCGGAGAAAGGGAUAGAAACGGCGGAGAAAGGGAUAGAAGCUGCAGAGAAAGAGAUAGAAGAAGCAGUUAGCUUUGGAGCACUUGCACAGGCUGGUGCUGUGGCCGGAGCUGAAAUUUUUGGGGUUUUAGUGGCUACUUCUGUUGUUAAUGGGAUCUUAGGCCCUGAAGCUCAAAGAUCUUAAUUUGCUGUCUAGUAUUGUAUAUGUAUUUGAUGUUGAUUCUCUAAAUCAGCUAUGUAAAAAACUUUAGUAAUUGCUAAAACUUUAUUAACAACAGAUGAAUGUAGUAUUCAUUUGAAUCACUACAAUCAUUUGAAUA